GGUUGCUCAUUGCUGCUGCCGCUGCCUCUCUUCCCGUUGUUAUGUUCGUAACGCAGCUGCACUCACACUAACCUUCGAUGUGUUUUAAUACACGGAACCACUUUCAUUGAUUCAAUAAACACCGAAAAUCCGAUUCUCCCUGGAUUAUGGGGGACAAAGCCGGCACCCGGGUAUUCAAGAAGUCCAGUCCGAAUUGCAAGAUUACAGUAUACUUGGGGAAAAGGGAUUUCGUGGAUCAUUUAGAUCAGGUCGAUCUUGUGGAUGGAGUCAUACUGGUAGAUCCGGAAUAUUUAAAAGACAGAAAAGUAUUUGUGACAUUAACCUGUGCCUUCCGUUAUGGACGGGAGGACCUGGACGUUCUUGGACUUUCCUUCCGAAAAGACCUUUACAUAUCCACGUUUCAAGCUUUCCCACCUAUUGCAGAAGAGCACAAGCCUAACAGUCGACUUCAGGAAAGACUUCUGAAGAAAUUGGGCCAGCAAGCGCAUCCUUUUCACUUUACUAUCCCUCAAAACUUGCCCUGUUCAGUGACCCUGCAGCCCGGGCCUGAGGACACUGGAAAGGCCUGUGGGGUAGAUUACGAGAUCAGAGCUUUCUGUGCCAGGUCUGUGGAGGAGAAGAUUCAUAAACGAAAUUCGGUCCGAUUAGUGAUCCGUAAAGUGCAGUAUGCCCCCGAGAAGCCUGGUCCACAGCCGAUGGUGGAGACGACACGGAGUUUCCUGAUGUCUGAUCGCUCUCUGCAUUUAGAGGCAUCUCUAGAUAAAGAGUUGUAUUAUCACGGGGAGCCCAUCAGCGUGAACGUUCAUGUCACCAACAACUCAACCAAGACGGUCAAACGAGUCAAAAUAUCAGUGCGGCAGUACGCUGACAUCUGUCUUUUUAGCACAGCGCAGUACAAAUGUCCAGUGGCUCAGCUUGAAGCAGACGACCAGGUAUCGUCCAGCUCCACAUUCUGCAAGGUGUAUACCCUCACACCGACCUUGAACAACAACCGGGAGAAGCGAGGGCUGGCUCUGGAUGGCAAGCUUAAACACGAAGAUACCAACCUGGCUUCCAGCACCAUUGUUAAAGAUGGAUGUAAUAAGGAGGUACUCGGAGUUCUGGUGUCGUAUCGGGUGAAAGUUAAGCUGGUCGUCUCCCGUGGAGGACUUUUAAGCAGCUUACUGGAGAGAGACGUCUCAGUCGAGCUGCCGUUUGUCUUAAUGCACCCCAAACCCAUAGAUGUUCCCACUUCUCGGCCAGCCUCAGCUGUGCCAGACGCAGACCCUCCAAUCGACACCAACCUCAUAGAGUUUGACACAAAUAGCUUCACCCAGGACGAUGACCUGGUGUUUGAAGAUUUUGCUCGUCUGCGGUUAAAAGGAACCACUGAAGAUAAGGAUGAGGACUGCUGAGCCUUCUUUCCUCCUGCUUGUUCUUAUCCACCCCGCGACCCCCUCCCACCCCCGACUCGGCCCAGAAACUCACAGCAUGAAGAAUAAUCAUCAACUAAUUUACUCAAACAGAACAAUUUUUCAUAACGAAUCUCCUUCCUAGUCGUUUUAUCAUCCCUUUGAUAAUGCAGUGUUUUGCCCACAUUUUUCAUCAAUUGAGAAACGGUGCUGUAAAAGAGCAUUAAAAAAAGGAAGACAGAGAAUUAAUAAAUGCAUGGGAUUCUUGUGCUAAGUGUCAAUGUAGGAAACCUAGGUGCUGCAGUGGCCGAUGUCACAGACUACUAUGUCAGUUUAUAAGGCAGAGUCAGAGAAAGUCUCCGUCAUUGAAGUUAUCAUCGGUAAAACCACUUUAUUAGCAUCUUUAACCGUACCAUGAAGUCCUUCACAACAAAUAUAAAUUGUGAGAGAAUGGUCAAAAGGAAAUGUCCUUUUGUUGGAGAUGUUCAAGAUUCUUGUAUUUGGCUGCAGAAUGUGCUGACUCAGAAAAGCAAUCUCUUUAUCCUCUUUAGCCUAAUGUGGCAUCUAGGUGUUCCUACAUUGUACCAACCAUGAUGCAAGCUAAAAUAUGAAGAAAAAAAGACUGGAAAGGAAAUUGUAAGACCUUUUUUUUUUGUUGUUGUUCUGUGAUCUCUUCAAGUUGAACUGGCUUUUUAGCUUAAUUUUCACAAUGUGUUGUGACGUUCGUAAACGAGUAUUAAUAAUCUUAAUUAUUAUGAGUUAUAACUCAAACCUGAUAAAGAAAUCACUGUAUUGGGGAAUCCUGGGGGAAGAAUUAUCUCUCAGUCACAGCCUAAUGUUUUACAAAGAGCUCAUUCAUUAACAGUUAAGCAGUUGAACAUGGUUAAUACUAAUAGGAUGUGUGUGGUCCAUGGCAUACUAUGUCCAACCCUCAGGUACACUGGCUCAUUCCUUCUUCAUUCACAGUGACAGGAUCGGUGCUGAUAUGAAGUGUGCUUCAGUCGCUCUGUAAUGGCUGCCUGCACACCGGAAAGGCGUUUACAUUCAACAUGCGGCAUCUUCAUGUGUAAAUGAACAUUUUGGUGGAAAAACAAUUCAUAUCUCAGAUGGAAGAAAAACGGAAGUGCAAGUAUCUUAUGUUACUUAUACAAGUUAAUAACUGUGACGUCGUUGUUUUCCAUUUACUUUUUUAUUUUAUUUCAGAAUUUAUUUAAUUUUUUUAAUAAAACCUAAAAUGCCAAA